ACGGAAGCCGUCGCUGGGUGCAAUCCUUCCCAGCAUUCCCCGCGCUGACGCUGCCACGGCAUAGUAACUGCCGCCACUGCCGUAGAAGAAAAUAGCGAAGAAAUUUAUAUUUGGCCGGUGAAAUUCCAUUCGCCCCUAUGGUGUUAUCUGGAUUACUGCAAGACCUUCUUCAGCUCGCCGUAGUUGCCGCGGUGGACGGAUCAUCGAGGGAGAACAACGAAUAAUGCCAUAGGCAAGCGGGGGAAAGGUGGAGCAGCGAGUGCACCAUUGGGCCAGCCUGGACGCUGUCCAGUAUGGUGGACUGUAGAGGGGCCCACAGGACAGUAACCCACCUCCCCAGCAAGCUGUACCCACUGCUCAAGAACUUCAUGACAGUGCAUCCCAAUGGCAGCUGCACCGACAACUGCUCGGGCCAUGGAGAGUGCCACCAGGGCAUCUGCUUCUGUGAGGUGCAGUACAGUGGCGGAACGUGCACCGAUCCGAACAUCAGCUACUUCGUGGCUUUCUCUACCAUCUUUUAUUUAAUCUGCGCAGUGUCAUUUGUGCAGCUGCUUAUCUGCAUCCGGUCGGAAUUUAGCCGCAUCAAGCCGCCGUCGCUGCUAAAAGCGCUCAAGGUCACAACGCAGAAGGCUCUUUACGCCCUUAUUUGCAUCGCCACUUUUGCCCGGGGCUUCUAUUUCUCUUCUCCGGAAAAUGCAUCCUUAGAUUGGGCGUCUAGUCUGAUGAGCGCUUACUACCCGCUGCUGCUCACAGGGUCCUCUUUGAUUGUCUGCUUCUGGGCUGAGGUGUUCCACCUGCGAGACUUGAGACACGACAAGCCUCGCUUCCUGAGCAAGUCGUUCCUGGGCUUCCUGGCCUUCAACAUCAUCACUUACUCCCUGCUGCUCGCUGAGCUCGUGCUCAUCCAAUUCGCAGGCUAUGGGGAGACGGAGAGGAGCCUGUUUUUGGGCGUAUUCAAUGGCUCCUUUGCGGUCCUGAUGGUAAUUGUGGUUGUCUUCUUCCUGAUCUAUGGAGUCGAGGUUUAUUUCAAGGUCCGGGGAGCCUUCGUGGCGGGUCCCCCCAGCGCGCCCAACAUGUCGCAGGUACACCAGUCCCGGCUGGGGCUGGUGGCCUUUGCCAUCCUCCUCCUCACCACGGUGUUGUUCAUCCUCUCGGACGUCAUGGGAUCCUUCUGGAAAGACAAGGUGGCAGUUCUGGGCCGUAACUGCCACGACGUCAUGUUCCGCGUGAUCGAGAUGGGCCUGGCUCUCUGGUUCCCUUGCGUCCUCUGGAAUUGUGUUCAGCCACAACAGUUGUGGAUCUUGAAUCCAAAGAAACUGCUGGUGCGUCGGGAGCCCGACAAGACUCCGCCCACCGGCCCCGAGUCUGAGGCCCUGUUCUCCGUGCCCAAAGAGCUGGCCAAGAGCGGCGACAGCCUGAGCUCUUUGGAGAAACUCCCCGAAUGCUUCAUCUGCUACGACUCCGACCGCACCGACGCCGGACCUCUGAUUCGCCCCUGCAACUGCAAGGGCGACGUUUCCGUUGUGCAUCAUGACUGCCUCCGCACCUGGCUCAUUGAGUCUGCCGGGAACGCAGACAGCAACCGCUGCAAGGUGUGCAACGAAGAGUACGAGCUGGAGCGAGGGGAGGUCUGGCUGCCGAGCGGCCUCUCCCCGGCCCACUGGCUGCAGACGGCGGCCGUGCUGGUCAUCAUGGGCAGUGCCGUGUCCGGCGCCUGCCUGGUCGUCAAGGUCUUCGACAACGUCGGAAUCCGCACGCUGGCCGUCGGGCUGGCUCUGCUCGCCGAAUACGUCUGCCUCAGACUGCUGGGAAUCAGCGUGUUGGAGGCGUACCAAAGAGCCAAGUAUUCGGCGGUGCGCAUCCUGGGCAAGCGGCUGGCCGGGGCGUCGGACAACGACCGGGCCGUGGUGGUGGCGCCGUCGAGCGUCGUGAGCAGGGUGGUUGGAUCGCGCUGUGGCAACCACCUUCCGGCGGACCACAAGGCCAUGCUGGUCACCACCCUCGGCGAUCCGCAGAACGUCCCGGACUCCGAGCUGGCCAUCUGAGCGGCCCGUCCUUCGUUGGAAGGCGCCGUGCAGUGUCCAGUCUCCAAAUUGUCUUUUUUUUUUUCUCCCUCGCUAGUGCCCCUUGUUCGGUUCUCCAGAUUGUAGGGUUGUCGCGAAACGGAGUGUCGUCAAAGCGGGGUCGUCUGCUCUCCGCCACCCGUGCUGUGUAUGAUUGAAAAAGAGUCUCGUCAGACACGGAUGCACAGCGGGUGCUGUCUGAACCUCCAAACUAUAUUUACGUUCACUACGGUCCGUCUGUCGGGCCGGAAAUGCGGAGUGUUCCGUGGUUUUUGCAAAGAUACGAAGAGCUUAUAUUUUCUCCAACACUGUGAGGAAGCAGCUCUCGCUGUGUAUACUGUAUGGGGAACUUGUUUAUAAUGGGAUGCCAGUGUUGCUACAGCUCGUUUGCAAUGCCGGAUCUUGCCUGUAUCGGUGGGGUGGGCAGAUUACACGGAAUGAAACCUUUCUGAAAAGAUUGAAGGGCAGGGGGGGCUGUUUAUAAACAAAGCUUAGAUAUGAUCAGCGUGACAGCGUGACUUGGUGAAAUUGAAGAUUAAAAAUUGUGCGGGAGCUUAAUUUAAUGACGCAACAUUGUCGGGGCAGUCGUCGCAUUCUAAUUGUUUCCGCGAGAAUACUUGUUUUUUGCCUAUUUGCACUCUGGGAUUUGCUGCUGUGAUAAGUACAGGUUGGGUAAAUUUGUACUUUUGUCAUUGGUAGAUGCCAGGCCACCGUGUUGUGAACCGCACGGCUGAAAUUCAAUCCCGUAUUUUGGCGUUGUAUUCCGAGUGCCGACACUCCGUUCCACGACGGAGCAGUUCUGUUGUGAGAAGGGUUUGGGGGGAAAGAAAGCUUGUGUAAUUUAUCUGGUUUUAAUUUAUUUCAUCGUUAAGAUCAUUCCAGAGGUGUAAAUUGGAAGGAGUUCCUGCAAAGCAUACUUGUAGCCUUUCAACAGUGUUUGCUCCUAGUUCUGUACAUAGAAAGAAAAUAUAGCACGCGGCAAUUCGGGAAGGGGCUCCCGAAACAAGGCACAGCAGCAGCAUAUAUGGAAGCCAACAUUAGCAUAGAAGGGCUUCCCUUAAAGUUUGGGACAGGGUCCUUAUGAUGAUCCUUUAGGCUCUUCAGAAGAUUGGGACAUUUCUGGUCUUGCUCCAUGGAGAGGUAUGCUUGGCAGUUGCUUGUAGCUUGAGUUUGUUGGAUUUCUGCAACAUACAUUUUUUUUUUUUUUUUUUUUUUUGGGUUUUGGUGGCUUUGUGUUGAGGAUUGGCUUGGGGCAAGAGCUUUUGAUUCUAGCAUUGUGCCAAUUUCACAAGCCAUGGUAUCAAAAAAGCAGUAGUUGACUAACAAUUUGAGCAUAUAUUUGCACUUCCUUACGCUGGACUUUGUCCCAGUUUCUGAAUCUCUAAUAAACAUUGUGUAAUGAGGAGCCACCUAACGUUAUUUAAUGGUCUAGCACUGGUGUUGUAGUAGUGGCACUUGCAGCAGACAGUUUUUUCUUUGCAACACAUCGAAGAUGUGCCUGUAUAUAUCCCUUAUAGAUUGUUAUAUAUACCUCAUUGCUGUUCUUAUUUGUGAUCCGGUGUGAACAGUAGGAAAGGCUAUUUUUAUUUGGAAUUUUGCGUGACUGUAAUAAAGUCCUUCCUCAUUA